ACUGACAACUACACUCUGACUGAUCUCAUGGAAGGAGCUACAUACUCCAUAUCCAUUGAAGCUGUAGCCUUCGGCAUGCUUGACAGUCCUCCCACUCAACUGCAAGUCUCUCUAGUUGCAGUUCCCGAGACACCAGUCAUUGACAGGGGUAGUAUUGUGUCUACAGCCUCCACUAUAUCAUUCUCCUGGAGUGUGCCACAUGAUGUGACUCAUUCCUUGGUGACCUGGCAAGCAGUAGAUUCAGUCAGAGGACCUAUAAACAGUGCUACCGUUGAUAAAUUACUCAGCACUUAUUCAAUCACUGGCUUGAGGAGUAACACCAAUCAUGAAGUCACUGUAAGGGUAUUUAAUCCUGCUGGAAGUACUUCAAGCGGGUUUAAUCUCUCAACAACAGCAGACAGCCGGGCUCUGCCAGACAGUUUGGACAAUGGAACUAUAACUACCUCCAGUAUGACAACGACUGGACUCAUCACCAUAGGUAGUAGUAUUGGGUCCAUAUCACUCCUGGUACUAUUGAUUACGGUGGCAAUCAUCGUAUUUAUUAUCAUAAGGAGACGUGCUAAAAGAAUUAAAACUGAGCCUGAUUUUAGGGGUAAACUGAGACAAGAAGACUCUAUCGACCUACAAACAGAUAGCAAAGCCCAAUCGUUUGAAGUACCUGAAAGUGAAAAAGAAGAGGAGCUGCUUUUGAAUCUUAAGAGAAAGAAAUUGAUUGUUUCGAAGGUACAAGUACACCUCUCUAGCACCAUUGGAAAAGGGGAAUUUGGAUUGGUCUACAAAGGAUAUGUUGAGAGCGACACAGGGACUACAUUGGUAGCUAUCAAAACUAGUAAAGCACUGUCUUCAGAGGUAGAAAAGAAGAACCUGCUGAGAGAGAUAUCCAAAAUGGCUUCAUUUGAACAUAACCACGUAAUGAGUCUCCUCGGAGUGUGUCUUGAUUCAGAGAUGCCCCUAAUGAUUAUGCCAUUGAUGGUCAAAGGAAGUGUGUUGGAGUAUGUCAGGAAAAUAAAGGAAAAUCCACCACAGGAUAAUAUAGUACUGAAGAUAACAUUUUUGAGAAUGUGCCAUCAGAUCACAAAGGGGAUGAAAUAUCUUGCAAGCUGCAAGUUUGUCCACAGAGAUCUUGCAGCAAGGAACUGCAUGAUUGACCAGAAUGAUGUGAUAAAGGUGGCAGAUUUUGGUCUCUCUGAAGACAUCCACAGGUCGGGUUACUUCUUCCACAGCAAGGAAGAUGUCAUGGCCAGGGAGGAGAAGGUGCCCAUCAGAUGGAUGGCUCCUGAGAGCAUUGAGAGUGGCAGAUACAGUGAAAAGACUGAUGUGGUCAGCUCUUAAUGUUCCUUUGAUGACUAGCUUUUUCAUUAGAUAUUGCGACAUGCAAUUUUACAGCAAAUAGGAAUUAUCGCGGAAAAAUUAACUUCGCAGAUUGCUGGUUCCACAAUUGCAAUGGUCGUUUGGAGUGACAUGCUGGGAAAUAUUCACAUUUGGACGAGUCCCAUACUCUGGUAUCCGUGCCAUGAGCAUCCUGAGUAUGCUUAGGGAAAGGGAGAGAUUGGAGAGACCUACUAAUAAUGCCUGCUGUGACAAGAUCUAUGACAUCAUGAGUGAGUGCUGGUCAGAGCAGUCUAGUGACAGGCCAAACUUCACCAGUCUCCUUGAUACUUUUGAUGAUUUGCUAGAGAGAGAGUCAGGCUACAUGAACCUCUGCUCUCCAACUACGCAACUGUCCGACGAAGGGGGGCAGUAGUUUAUACAGAUAAUUUGAGACCACUUCCUUCACAAUCCGCAAUGUACCAAAUGUUUUCGGUUGUGAAACUUCAGAUAUCCAGGUUUAGGACUUUAGGUCAACUGUCAAUUAUCAGUGACUGUAUACCUAUUGAUUUUGUUUUGUACAUAAUUAUGCUAGUGUGUUGUUUUGCACUCAUUGUGCGC